AUGACGACAGAUUGCCGAAAACCUUGCGAUCUGGGUCACGACGCUGCGCUGGCUCAGGGAGUGGCUCCCCCUUCCGCCUCGCGUGCGGGCGAGCAGGAUGGAGGCGGGCGCCGUGUCGGGCUGCCUGCCUGCGAGAUGACCGUCUCGGCCCCGUUGCCGCUGGGCGAGGCGACGGACCAGGCCUCCGAGCGCGAGCCGCACCGGGCACCGCAGGCCUACCUGGUCGACAACCGCGCGUUGCGGGCCAGCACCCAGGGGCUCGGCUACAGGAAGAGUAAAGAUCUAGAUGACAAGGAUGGGGAGAAGCUGGCCGAGUGGUUUACCACCGUCGAGGGCGUCGAAGAGAGCGGCGGAUGGAUCAGGGUCGGCGACCGCUUCCUGCCGCUGCAGCUCAACGGCGUCACGGUCAUGACCCUGCAGGAGAGCGCCGCGGACGCCCCGACGGUGCCCCCGGCCUCGCGCUGCCCCAUGGGCCACGAGCUGCUGCCGGUGCAGGCGAAGCCCGGCAGGUGCGACUCCUGCGGGAAGGAUGUCAUCGAAGGCGAGAGCGUACAGGAGUGCGGCACGUGCAACUGGUGCCCGUCGCUGGGCUAA